GGCUUCCACAUGCCAAUCGCCGCGCUCGCCAGAUGCCAAGAACCUUUUCGCUGACGCCGCUUUUGCAGGCACUGCCGAUGACGGAAAGGAUGGUUCUGUCUACAGCAGCGGGGGUGGGCGAUUCAUCAUGGUAUCCGGUGGAUUGCAUGGAGCAGAUACCAUCCAUCUGCACUUUCCGAAGCCGCACGUUGUUCGCUAUGCUUGCAAGGCCGCUCAUGGUAGCGUUUGGCUACCAUCAUAUCAGGGAGAUAUGUUUGGAGGGUACAUCUGCAAAAUCAAGCCUACGGCACCGUGCCAUCCCAAGCCGGCCGCCAACCACGAAAAACGCACGAUU